UACCAUAACAGUCAGCGUGCUGUCCUUGUGAGAAUGAACCUAUAAUAACAAAUUGUAAAUGCCUUGGUUUUACUGUACACUACGUUAAUACUGCUAGUAACGUUAGGCAAGUCUAUCUCUGUGCCCAAUAAAAGAGAAAAAUGGCUUCACGUUUUCUGAGAUUCUCCGUGCUGAUUCAGAAGUAUCGGACACCUCUGCUCCUUGUUGGAUGUGGUGGCGUCUUUUCUGCCAACAUUUUCUAUCACGUCUUCCCAGAUCACACAUACAGAAAAGUGUACCAGGCCUGGUACAAAGGAGAACCAGUCACCCUUUCCGAGAAGCUCAAUAAUGUCUUUCAAGAGGUACUGAAAGAUUAUGCUGUCAGCUGCACUGAUAACUUCCAUGCUUUUGCUGCUUUUGGAUUUCAUCCGGUAGGAGCAGGUGUGCCAUGGCUUCCCUCUGGAGCACAGAUUGGUAUUCCAGCCAACUUCAACAGCACCACUGAUGAUCCAUCAGGCAUCAUCACCCGCACUAUUCUAAUCAAUGGACAAGAGGUGGAAUGGGACAGUGAUCAGGGUGCUGCCCUCAAAAAUUCAUUGGUGUUCUCUCCAGAGGCGCAGAAAUUUGCUAUAGCACGAGAAGUAGCCCGGUUGGCGGCCGGGGGUCCAGUGUUACAUGCAGCCGUUGCUCCAGCAUGUCUUGCAGGGGCUUGUGUAUAUAGCGUGGCCCUUAAACAGAUCUUUGGUCUCCAUGUUGGAUCCAUCAUCUCCCGAGCUUGUGUUAAUGUAGUUGCUCUGGGUUUGGGAGUCGUCUCGUAUAUCUUGACCUCUGAUGCUCUUAGUCAGUGGUUGGACUACAGCUCGGACCGUCGUGCAGCGAGCCUGUCAAGCAACUAUGCAAAAGGUGGUGUAGAGUUUUAUGAUAAAAUCUUGACAAGGAACAAAACCCUUCGUGCACUGAUGGGACCUAAAGGCCAAGAGUUGUACGCCCCCAGUGGAAAUUUGUUUCCUGGUCACCUGCUGAAACUCAGACACGCCCCAUACACAUCUCGACGAGAUGGGAUUUUAAAUUUUUUAAAAAAUGAAAAACUGUAAACGGGUUUUUGUUUUUUAAAAACAUAUAUGUGAGAGAAUGGCUUAUGGUGCCUACCGUGUGAAAAUUUUGUCUGGCGGGAUCUUGAUAAAUAUUUCUCUGAUAAAAAAUAUAAAUUUGAAUAAAUAAUUUAUUAGCAUAUUGUGUCAAUUUAAAUGCAUUAAGUGGUUCACAAAUAGAAUCUGGUAACAAUAAUUGAGGUUACUUUUUACAUUUCAGCAUUGCCAUAAGCCAAUGAUAACUGAAAAGAAGGAUUUAUUUGCUCUGAUCAAUUUCAUUGGUCCUGAGUUUAAAUUUGAUAUCAUAAAUGUACUGAAUGGAGAUUAUCAGUGAAAACUGAUGUUGUUUCUAUUAUAGUGUUUCAGUUAAAUAUUUAAGGACAGUGGCACAUUUAAAAUUCAUUAAAAAGUUUUUUUGGAAAGUC